CUCAGCAAUACAGGGAGACCGACAGAGAAAAAAACCGACGAGCAACUACAACGCAGAACAGCAGCAGAGACGAUGGACAAGGAGCGACUGGCGGAGGUUCUGCGUGGGCUGCGGUCGAACCGCGGCAGCUUGAGCUGGUUCACCAAGGGCGUCAUCGCCGCCCUCCUCGUCAUGCACUUGAUCACAUACAUCCCUGGCGGCUACAACGCCAUGGCCCUCGCCCCGGGAGAAGUGGGGCCGCCCAGUCUCCACAUCUGGACCUUUGUCACAGCGCCGUUCACAGAAAAGGCACUCAUCCAGGUGCUGCUUGACAUUGUUGCCGUCUUCGUCUGUGCGAGCAUGCUUGAGCCCUUGUGGGGCGGCUUCAAGCUCCUGGAGAUGAUUGUGGUUGUGGGGGCGGCUGCCAACCUGGUCACCACCCUGUCGUACAUUGCCCUCUACGCCGCUUCAUCCAACCCAGACCUUCUGUUCUUGCCGUUCUCGGGGUUCUCUGCUGUCGUGUGCGGGCUGGCUGUGGCAUACAAGCAAUCGUUCCCUCAAGCAACCGUACAGCUCGGCCUCUUGCGUGUGCACACCAGGCAUCUGCCGCUUGCGUUGAUUGCAGCGCAUGUAGCGUUUUACCUCCUUGGCACGGGGUCCCUUGCCCAAGUCAUCCUCAGCGCGUCCGGGUUUUUGACAGCGUGGGUGUUUCUGCGCUUCUACCAGAACAGGAAUGGGGUGAAGGGCGAUCCCUCGGACGCGUUUGGUUUCGAGUCCUUCUUCCCCUCCGCUGUGCAGUGA